AUGGCAGAAGAAGUUAUUUUACCAAAUGAAUGCUGGGAAUCUAUCUUCGCACUCCUCAACGACGGCGAUGACGACGGAAACAACCGUUGCCUACACUUACAAUCUCUCUCCGCCGUCUCAAAACAGUUACGCGCGUUAACCGGCCUUCAAAAAAUCCAUUUCACAAUCUCAACUCAAGCCGCCCCUUUCGUUCCUAGUCUCCUCCGCCGCUUCCCCAAUCUCACCUCCAUCGAUCUCACGCGCUUCCGCGGUAACCUCGACGCGAUUCUCUACCAAAUCGCCAAUGUCCAAUUACCUCUCAAAUCGAUUAAUAUCUCUAACCGCCCCACAAUUCCCGCAAAUGGGUUGCGAGUUUUGGGUAGAAAGAUCAAAUCUUUAACCUCAUUGAUAUGUUCUCAUGUUGCUUCUAUCUUUAAAUCUGACCUAAUUAUUAUUGCUGAUUCUUUUCCUUCACUUGAAGAACUUGAUCUUAGUUUUCAUCAGAUUAUUGAUAUUGUUGGUUUUGAUAUAAAUUCUCUUUCAUUAGCCCUUCUUAAACUUCGUAAGGUUAAUCUCUCUGGUAGCUCCUAUAUCAAUGAGAUUUCAGUUUUUUAUUUUUUUAAAAAUUGUAAAUUUAUUGAAGAAGUUGUCAUGACUCGCUGCACAUACGUAAUCAAAGAUGGUGUUUCUUAUAAGCUCGGUGAUAAACCAAAAGUUAUUCAGUAUCCAGGAUGGUUUGGAGAAGCUUUCCCUCCAAGAGGAAGAAGAACCAGCUUUCUCGAAGCUUGUCCUCCAAGGAUAAAUUGUCCUCCAAAGAUACAUAAUUCACCUAUAAUUGAAAUAGGGAGAUCUUUCAUGAUCGAGUUCGUCCUACAGAGUAGCUUAAGAGACAAUGUUUCACUUUGA